AUGGACCCGACUUCGCCAUUCUCGCACUCUCGCGCUGAUACAGAGCCCGACGAUGUACCACUACCGGGGACACCGGCUACAGGCAACGCACCUUCGGCUACUACUGCGGCGCUGGCAUCAUCUUCGACUGUUGCUGCCACUGAGCCCAACAUUAUCCUCACUCAUGUACGCCACUUCGUGUCCACCCUCAUCGAGAUUGUCUCGCCCGUACCUGUCCGCCAAGGCUGGAUGUACCUCUACAACACCCUGCACAACAAGAUCGCAACAUGCCCGGCUAUAUACCGCUAUGGGCCCCUUGCUCUCAUUAUUUCCAUUGGAGUAGCAGAGUGGCAACAACCCGGAUUCAUCCCAGGCCCGCAGCAGCUCACAAAUGCGAUUAUUGGAUUUCUAUGUGCGACAAUCUUGGUGUUGGGUGUCCUGGCAGUCAACGAGUACAUAGAAACCAACAAGUGGCCGUGGCAAGACGAGGAGUGGAUCUGGCCGUGGGAAAAAUGGCUAUGGCAGGAUACGGUUUAUGAUCUUGGUGCAAGCACAAGGACAAUUGCUGAUGGACUCGUGUCGCCGCCAUCUGCUAGGACGCCACACAUGGUCGAGGCUUCGCCAAUGAAACCGAUCUCACCGAGGACUAAGACACCUGUCAUUGAGACUAAUUCCAUGCUACCGCCGACGGCUUCCAAGCGACCCAUCAUCAUACCGCCUACGCCCCAGCUUCCUGUUGGCAUGCGUCCACCUCCAAUGCCUGCGCCUGCGCAAAUCCACAGAUCUGGCAUCAUUGGUGAAUCUCCUGCACCUUCAAAGCCGAGUUAUAGCACUGGUAAUGCUUUCGCGGAGAAGUAUGGGAGGCUACAGGCGGUGUCAGAUUGGCAUGCUGGAAUUGACAGGGUACAUGAUGCAACCGAAGGCACGAGGAUGGAUGUCUGGGCGAGGAAAGAUGUCAAGGGCAAGGGAGAAGCAGUCGAGAGUAUCGAGGAGGCUGGAGAUGUAAGGGCCGACGACUUCAGGGAGGGUAGUAUGGGUUUGUUGGCGGUUCCUGAGUUGACGCCAGAUUUGUGA